AUGGCGGCGAACCUUGAGCCAGAGGGUGUUGCUCCGCCAGGCGCAAUCCAACCUCUGAAGACAGACACCGCACGGGACGAUGUACCUUCACCUGCGUCUUCCAGUAACCCUGCAUCAGAAAAACUCCCUGACCAAGCACAUGAUGUCGCCGUGGGGACGCCGCGAGACAAUGGAUCACCAGUUGACGAGCUAACGCCUGAAAAGCCCGCUCUGCACAGAACAAAAUCCAGAGCCUCCGAGUUUUCCACAAGCCGGAUUGUCAUUAUCAUGUUCUCCCUGUGCAUGGCCCUGUUCCUGGCCGCCUUGGACGUCACCAUCAUCACCACAGCUCUCCCGACGAUCGCCCAACAUUUCCAGGCCUCAGCUUCAGAUUACACCUGGGUUGGCAGCGCGUAUCUCCUCGCAAACGCUGCAAGUGUUCCUUUAUGGGGCAAGCUUUCGGACAUAUGGGGGCGCAAGCCCAUCAUUAUGUUGGCCAAUGGAAUCUUCAUGGCUGGGAGUUUGAUCGCCGCCCUGAGCAACUCGAUCGGUCUACUUAUCGGGGGCCGAGUGAUUCAGGGCAUUGGCGGAGGAGGUCUCGUAACGCUGGUCUACAUCUGCAUAGGCGAUCUAUUCAGCAUGAGAGAAAGACCCAAGUACUUUGGAAUCUUGGGCAUGGUCUGGGCAAUCGCCUCGGGGGUUGGCCCCGUCGUGGGUGGCGCUUUCACCGAAGCCGCCUCCUGGAGAUGGUGCUUUUAUAUCAAUUUGCCGCUGGAUGGUCUUUCCUUGGUCCUGCUCACUUUCUUCCUAAAACUGGACACUCCCAAGACGCCCUUCUGGGCCGGGAUCAAGGCUAUCGAUUGGAUCGGUGUCAUCACAAUUGUCGGAGGAGUUGUCAUGUUCCUAUUUGGCAUGACCUCGGGAGGCACAACGAAGCCCUGGGACAGUGCCUACACGUUGUGCCUCAUCAUUUUCGGCGUCUUCACCAUUGCCCUGUUCUUCCUAAACGAGUGGAAGCUGGCCAAGUAUCCGGUCAUCCCCCUUCGACUGUUCAAAAACCGUUCCAACCUCGCAUCCUUGGGAGUCUGUUUCAUCCACGGCUUCGUCUUCAUUGCCGGGAGCUACUACCUGCCGUUCUACUUUCAGACCGUGAUUGGUGCUAGCCCUCUUCUCUCUGGAGUGUAUCUGCUUACAAUGGUCCUCACAUUGUCCUUUGUCUCGACAUGCACGGGCCUUUAUGUCAAGAAGACAGGUCGAUUCCGCGACCCCAUCUGGUUCGGUCUCUGCGUAAUGACUCUUGGUUACGGGCUGUUCAUCGACUUACCUUCCAACCCGGAUUGGACCAAAAUCAUCAUAUAUCAGAUUAUUGCAGGUAUCGGCGUGGGCCCGAAUUUCCAGUCCCCAUUGAUUGCAUUGCAAGCCCACAUCAAGGGCCAUGACAUGGCUGUAGCAACAGCGACAUUUGGCUUCAUCCGCAACCUAUCCACAUCGAUCUCGGUUGUAUUGGGUGGCGUGGUCUUCACCAACGAACUCUCCAAAAAGUAUGCCAGCCUGGUCCCCGUCAUCGGAUCUCAGCGCGCGAGACUUCUGACUUCCUCCUCCUUUGGCGCCACCACCUCGAUCGUCCGUACGCUCCACGGGCCCGCUCGCCACGCCGUCGACAAAGCAUACACCGACUCAUUGAGGACGAUGUGGAUCUUCUACACCUGUUUUGCGGCGUUUGGAAUCGCGGUGAGCUUGUUCAUCAAGAAGAAGGAGCUCAGCACCACGCAUGAGAAGGCAAGAACGGGCAUCGAGGAGCAAGAGCGGGUGAGACAGGAGUUACUGCGCGAGAGGGAGGAGAGGCAGAGGAGUAGGAGGGGCACGGUAGGAACAGACGUCGAAAAAGCCGUUCCAGCAAAUGCCACCACAGCAUAG